AUGACAUCACAACAUGUACAAUUUGACUUUAUUAUUUCCGACCCUGUGUCGAACCCUAAGCCUGGGAAAAGCCUACAGAUCAGGAGCCGAUGUAUGUUGGGCAGGAAUAAGCGCGAAGGCUCAAGAAGAACGCAGCGAGAGAAGAGAAAGAUCGCGAAUGAGAUGAUACCAAGUGUUCCGUCAAAUAGAACACCCCGUCGUGCGGCUCCUCCCCCUACAAAGCCUUUGAUCAAGGAUCUCGUGCCAAUCCGCUUUGCUGGGCGCGGAAUUGAUCCAGAGGCCGAAAUACUUCUUGCUGAUGCAUUCGCAUUUAACUUUCUCGCCAAUGACGUUACACCUCUGGAACGCUGUACCAAUCUCGACUGCCUUGAAUCCGCGUGUUUCUCCUGGCUUUUUACCGAUACGACUUUUCUACAUUCCAUCCUGUGCGCGAGCUACGCCAUCAAAGACUUCAAGUCUCCCCAGUCCAAGGGCGGUCCGGGCGUUCAGACGACAUUCCAUCUCCAGGCAACCCUGUCGUUGUUACGCGUCAAAAUGCAGAAGGCGUUCGCACACCAAGACGAAUCCGUCCUGCGAGUCAUUAUAAACCUCACGCUAUUGGCUAUUGGGUUUGGAGAUUGGGCCACAGCAGCCACACACCUUGAAGGCUUGCGUGGAAUCGUGCAGCUUAGGGGAGACGCCGCAUUCCUCGAAGAGAGGCCAACCCUGCAUUUCAAGCUCGAUCGGAUUGAUCUUGCAUGGUCUCUCGCCUCUGGCCGAAAACCUUACUUCAUGCAGCCUGUAAAGUCAUGGGACUGCCGCAUACGAUGCCCAUACCCGACUCCGCCUCCAAAUCUCUACCAACCAUCGGCAGCCUGGGACUAUCGGAUUUUGAAUGUCUUCAAAGAUUUUCAAAACCUUACAUUGAUGAUUAAUCCCAUGUUGACUACCACAUUCCAACUUCCAGGACGUAGGAUACCGUAUACCUGGGUGGUCGAGCAGCUGAGAACAAUGUGCAUCACUGCAGGUAGUGAAAUAAGACAAGACAAGAGUCUACUUCUCUGGGUUUUGCUCACCGCUUCCAUUACAGUAGCUAGGACACACGACACCUGGAUACGAGAUGCAUUGAAGACUGCUGUAGCUGGGCUUGAAUGGGAAGACGUUCAAGCGCAUGUCUCGAGAGUAAUGUGGAUUGGGCUUGUACAUGAUAAGCCAGGCCAGAAGGCAUACGAACGACUUAGUCAGGCGAAGUCGAGUCCUUGGCCCACUAGCUAA